UAUAAAUCAAAAUAAAAUAAAAAUGAAAAUAAAAAAGAAAAAUUGAAAGUAGAAUUCACUCCCCUGUGUAAGCUUACGGUUUGAGCCGAACAGUACCUUCUUUGCUAGAAAGUUCAAAAAUUAUUUCAUUUUGGACAAUAAGGAAAUGUCUUGCCCACUUAACUUUAACAUCGGUGUUCUAGGGCAUGUCGACAGUGGAAAAACUAGCUUGUGUAAAGCACUGAGCACCACUGCUAGUACUGCAGCUUUUGACAAAAAUCCACAAAGCAAAGAACGAGGGAUCACACUUGAUCUUGGUUUCUCCUCUUUUACUGUUCCAAUAUCAGAAGAAAAAAAGGCUGUAUUUGAAGGUUUUGACACAGUACAGUAUACGCUUGUAGACUGUCCUGGGCAUGCGUCUUUAAUAAGAACCAUAAUAGGAGGGGCACAGAUCAUUGACUUGAUGUUCCUGGUAGUGGAUGUUAUUAAAGGCAUGCAGACACAGACAGCAGAGUGCCUUGUGAUCGGUCAAAUUACCUGUCAAGCCAUGAUGGUGGUGCUUAACAAGACAGACCUCAUUCCUCUUGAGAAACGUCCGGCCAUCAUUGAAAAGAUGAAAAAAAGGAUGUGGAAAACGUUGGAAAACACACGUUUUCAUGACUGUCCCAUUGUUUCUGUGGCAGCUAGACCAGGUGGACCAGAGGGUGGAGACCUUGAGGCAGAAGGACUGAAUGUUUUAAUUCAGGAGUUACUCAAGAGUACUUACUUGCCACAAAGAACAGAUGGACCAUUUAUUUUUGCUGUGGACCACUGCUUUGCUCUUCGUGGCCAGGGUACUGUCAUGACAGGGACAGUCAUCAGUGGCAGUGUAGCAAUCAAUGAUAAUGUUGAGAUUCCAUCAAUGAAGGUACAGAAGAAAGUUAAGUCCAUCCAAAUGUUUCGGAAACCAGUAGAACAUAUUAUGCAGGGUGACCGGGCAGGCAUUUGUGUGACACAAUUUGACCCAAAGCUGUUAGAGAGAGGAAUCAUUUCUUCACCAGGAGCUUUAGCUACUGUGGAAGCAUUCAUUGCAUCUGUUCAUAAGAUAGACUUUUUUAAAGGUGCCAUCACCACAAAAACCAAAUUCCACAUAACUGUUGGACAUGAAACUGUCAUGGGUCACGUCCAUUUCUUUGCCAUGGUCCAAUCAUCUGGUCAUCCAGCAUCCUUCCCUGCAAGUGAACCACAAGAUUUUGACUUUUCUCUUGAGUAUGUGUACCAGGAGGAACUGCUUUCAGAGGACACUGUCUCAAAAAAGGCAGGUCACCCCGACACCCAGUCUUCUGGCUCCAAGGUAGAAGAAAAGUGUGCCAAUGCUGCCAGCAGACAGUUCCUUCUGGUGGAGCUGGAGAAGCCUGUGACUUGCUCUGUCCACGCUCUUGUGAUUGGAUCUAAGCUGGACACAGAUAUCCAUGCCAACUACUGUCGACUGGCCUUCCAUGGCAGGAUUUGUCAUGCUAUGACAGAUCCCAAGUAUAAGGAAACAGUGUUGCCCAGACUAAAGGUUUAUAAGGUGAAGAAUCGGGAAGGCCAAGUAGAACGUGUAGCUGAUGCAUAUUCACUAAUUGGCAAAAACCUCUUCAAAAAGGAGACAAACAUCCAAACCUUCACCAACCUUAAGGUCACUCUGUCCACAGGACAGAAGGGGGUUAUUGAGGGAGGAUUCGGACAAAGUGGUAAAGUCAAGAUCCGAAUCCCAGAAGGACUUCCAUCUGAAAUAAUUCAGCAGUAUUCUGAAGAAAAAAACAAGAAAGGGGGUGAUGUGGAGGAAGAGACACCAGAUCCUGCCAGUCAGAGCAUUCAAGAUCCAGUCAAAAUAAUCCUUUCUUUCAAGCGCUAUGUGUAUGACCCACAUAAAAAAAUGAUACAGACGUAACAGAAAAAGCAAUGAGUGUGUGUAUAUACUGUGUAGGUGAUAAUAAAUGUGCACGUAAAUAAAGAUGUGUGUGUGUGAGAUGUGUGCAUAUGUUUAAAUGUGAUCACAAAACAGAUAAAAACAAGAAAAUACAGGAUACUGCAAUUGCAUUUCCUUUUCAUAAAAAAAAUGGACUGACAAAAGAAAAUUUGUGUUAAGAGGCAAUUCUCAACAAGUUUUCUGUAAAGAAAACAGUAACAAAAUUUACUCUUGUUCACUUGUAAAACAAUAUAUUCUUUAUUCUUGUUAUCAUCUUAAGUAAUGUUCCAGUAUGAAAUUGCAACUCAUCAGCAGUAAAAAAUUUUACAAUUCUGCAAAGAAACAACUGUGUCGGAUUGAAGUGUAUGCUCUCUGUUGUUGAUGAUGUUUUGGAUUGUUCUAUACUCAGUUUUAACUCCUUCAUUUGUUGUGUUCUUUGUAAUAGAAAAAUGUGAAAGUUGCUCUACAUUUAAUGCCACAAUACUUGUAUUUUAAAAUUUCCUUGCUUAAAACUGAAAAUUUAAUCUUUGUUGCUAGAUUAUAGUUUCAUAAUUUCAUGAAUAACAAUUUAUAAAAAACAUUUAACUUCUUUAUAAAGAGUAUGUUAGUCUUCAUGAAAGUUUUACUGACUCAGUUUUUAUCAUGUUUUAUAUAUGUCAAUAUGAGCAAUAUGAAUUGUAGAAACUGAACACAAUGAAAACUAUUGAUGAUAAGGAAAAAUAACCAGACUCAAACUUGAACAAAUGACAUUUUUUUUCACUGCACUGAGAUGUAUAAUCUUAGUGUGUACGUGUGUCUACUGCUGUGUUUCCAGAUUUGUUGCUGACAUUUAUUGUAAUAUUUAGAAGUGCAUCUUCAUCAUAGGAAGAAAUUUCAAAAUUGUAUCCCAACACGUUAAAAAUGAGCGAGAAGAAAUAAAUAUAUAAUCUUUUUAUUAGGGAA